UAUUUAUUUAAAAUAACUAAAAUAUUAAAUAUGAGCUCCAAAAGAAAUAGUUAGUAGAAUUUGCCUGCAUAGCAAGCUUAGAAAUAGCCUAAUGAAUAGCAAAACAAAAAUACUUAAAAUCAAUAAAGCCAUCAACAAUAGCAAUAGUAAUAGUAAUAAUAAUAACAGCAACAGCAACAAUUUUAGCAAUAGUAGCAGUCUAAUUAAUAACAUAGGCAAUCUUAAUAGCAUUAAUAAUAAAUACCUUAAUAACAACAGGAUCAUGCUCAAAAUCCUUAGACAUAGAUGUAUUAGAAUUCAGCUUAAUAAAAUAAACCAACUAAAUUGUAAGAAAAAAAAUCUAGCCAAGCUAUGGAAAAUGCAGAAAUAAAUGAGUAUAUUAAAAGUUUUCUCAAAUAUAAUUCAUUUUAGAAUACAUUAGAAUGCUUCGAAGCUGAGAUAAAUGCAAAAAGAAUGUCAAGCAAAUUGCAAGAUAAAAAGGUUUUGAAAGAACCAAGCGCAGAUUAAGAGAAACCUCGCUUGUAUUAAAUGCUAUAAAAUGAAGCAGCAAGAACUUCUAGAGAAAGAAAACUAGAGCAAAAUAUGAAAAUACUCAACUAAAAAUAUCUUGAAAUGCUCUAAGCUUCAAGAAGUUUGUUUUCUAUUUCUGUAAAGCUUUUGACAGAUUAUAUGGAAGCCAGUCCACAAAAUGAAGAGAAAAUUGAUGAAUAUAAAAGAAGUAUAGGACAGUACCGGAGACUCGUACUUGAAGAAGGAAAGCCUUCGGAAAAGUAACCACCAAGUAAUGAAGUAAUUCAAGAGCUUAAAGAAAAUAUUGUUGAUUUAUCAAAAAGAAUUUACAAUCAAACAAAAUAAAGAAGCCAAGAAUAAGAAUAAAACCAAAAUCAAGAGGAAUAAGAAGAGGAGCUAAAUUUAGAUGUUUUAUAAAGGUAGCUCAAGUCUGAGUUGAUUAAACUUAGAUUAAUGUCUUUAGAAACAGGUCAAUCUCAUAGAUAAGAUUAUCUUAAAAACCUAAUUAAAUUAGAUAUUUUAGAUUUAGGACAUAUUGAUAAGCCCACUCAUUACUUGAUCACUAAUCUUAAUAAUUAUGACCAUUUUGUCAAGCACUAGUUGAUUGCUCUAAUAAGUAUUGUAUGCUGCAUCAGAUUAGGGAGAUAGUAUAUCUUAGAUAGAGACACAUAAAAUGUAUUAAUUAAGCUUAUCAUUAAAAUUAUGAAGGGAUAAGAGAAAGGAAGUGUUACUUAAAGAUUUUGUUUAGCUGUAUUGCAUAAAGUAACUUUGCAUGAUGAGCUUGUGUCUUUAUUCUUAGAUGAAAAAUUGCAUUUAUGGCUUGUAGAUUUACUUAAAAUGUCUAUUUCUAGUGAAAAUCAAAAAGAUAGUAAAUUACAUGUCUUUGUAUUAGAAUAUGCAAGUGCAACUCUAGCUAAUUUACUCUCAGAUGAUUAAAUAAUGUCUACAUUUUAUGGAUAGUAACAAAACUAAGUUUAAUUUUUAGAUAGCCUCUUGAAGUGCCUUGAUUUCUAGAAUUCUAUUCAAGCAAAUAAAUUUAUACUUAAAUCACUUAGCUAUUUCACUAAAGACAAGUUUAACUAAGCAAUCUUAGAAACAAGCUAUGAUGAAAAGAUAAACUAAUUCCUUGAUUAAGUUUCUAGAAAAACUGAUGAAGAUUACAAAACUUAAAUAUUAACAUAUCAUGCUAGAAUAUUUACAGCUGAAGUUAACAAACAAAUUUUAGACAUGGACUAAAAAGAUGAAUAUGAAAGUGGAAUGAGAAAAAAAUAUGAUGAAAAUGAUGAUAGUAUAGAUUAUGGUUAUGAUGAUCCUGAUUAAGUUAUUAUUUUUGAGCAUUUUAAUGAUGAAUUGACCGAUGAAUUACUUAAAGGUGUUUAUAACAGAUGA